AUGUUCCUCAUAACCACUUUGUAUCGUUAUUAUCGUUUAUUUAUCACACGAUUUGGAAAGUCUUGGCUCUCUCCGACGUCAUGGUCAGAUGUGCUCGGGUUCACCGUACAGCAUUCUGUCCACAUCAGUGUUCGAGCAACCACGAGCCCAUUGUUGAAACCUUUGAACGCAAUUGUGUUACAGGUAGAAAGCGUCAUGCCAACAGUGCCAGUUGCUCAUGACUUUGAACACGGUGUUCGUUUAUCGACAGAUGAUUCAGCCCUCGAUACCACUCGGCUUAGCUCCCAAGUUAUCGAGAUUAUUACUCAGGCGGGUCAUACGCCAGAGGAGCUGCUGCAGUUGCCACUAUCCCAACCGCCAGUGCUUGACGAUGGACACCCACUUCCGGCCUACUAUAUUUCUUCAUCACACAACACCUACCUACUUUCCCGCCAAAUCUUCGCCAAAUCAUCCGCGGCAUCAUACACGCAUGUUCUAACUCACGGGGGUCGUUGCGUAGAAAUCGACGCUUGGGACUCCUCAGAUGGGCCAAUUGUUACACACGGAUACGCAUUUACCCAGAGUAUCUCGUUCAGGUCGGUAUGUGAAGCUAUUGGUGCCGCAGUAGGGCCCAACGAUCUCCCAGUUAUGGUUAGCCUUGAGUGUCAUGCAAGUCCAUCCACUCAGGAAACGAUGGUCAAGAUAAUGUUAGAAACGUGGGGGGAUAAACUAGUUCAGGCAGAGAUCGAAGGUAUUGAGGGCAUGGUCAGUUUGAAUCAUGUGCGAGGACGGAUCCUACUUAUGGUGGAAUGGUAUCACCCGGCAUCUCGCGCACCACCACAGCACGACUCUUCUUCAUCUUCCUCCUCCUCGUCUUCGUCGGAAGAUGACGAAGAUGGCGGGGACCAACGCCAACGGAAUAUUGCUCUGGCAGGAGAACAGGCUCAAAAACAGUUGGACUCAAGGAUCUCACCCUCACUGGCGCAACUUGGAGUAUAUGCGAAGAGUGUUAAGCCUCAGGGCGAUUUCACUGCUCAAAGAAUCACUGAGCCUCUUCACUGCCUCUUGAACAUAUCCGAAAACGCACUCUCAAAAUUAAUACCAACUCGCCUAGAAGCCUUAGUUGAAACGGGGCACACUCACCAGACGCGGGUUUAUCCGCGAGGGACACGAGUUCAGUCGACUAAUCUCAAUCCAUUGAAGGCUUGGCGUGCAGGUGCUCAAAUAGCUGCCCUUAACUGGCAGAGCUACGAUCUGGGGAUGCAACUCAAUCAUGCAAUGUUCCACAACACCGGUGGAUGGGUAUUGAAGAGUGAAUACCAACGUGGGCUUACCAGCUUGAUAAGCAAUCAACCGGCACAGAAACUUACUAUCCGGAUAUAUGGAGCAAGUAACCUGCCACACCCUGAAGAUACUCAGUCGGACGAUUCGGUUUCGGUGUACAUUAGAGCAGAGCUUAUGCACCACCAGAAGGACCAAAAGUAUCGGACAAAGACCAUGAAAGCAGCUCCGAGUCAGGAAUCAACCCAUAAUAGCCUCGAUAUUAUGUGGGAUGAGACAUUCACAUGGGAAAUCAUGCCCGACGAUUUGGCAUUUAUCCGCUUCGUGGUAGUCGAAGAUAAAUUCGCAUUCGAUGAACCAUUUAUGGUGUAUUGUGCUCGGUUGUCGUAUGUGAAAGAAGGGCUGCGACUGGCCAAUUUACGAGACCUAACCGGAAGGAGAACAGGGUCGACAGUACUCGUUAGCAUCGGGUGGUCUUGA